GCAAUGCCACCAGCUGCCCCAGGCUCCUACGGUAGUGCCUCCUUUCAUGGUAGGUCAUGAAUCAAUAUAAAUUCUUAGUUUUUAACCUCUGAACCAUCUCUCCAGCACCCUGCUGUUUUCCUAGCAAUCAGCACCAUGCCUAGCACCGUUCACUAGCUGGCAAUGUGUCUGUCAGUCUUUAGGUUUUGGAUCCUGUGCCUGGGGAACCGCACAGGACACUGGAACGGAGAAGUGUAAGCCUGCCUUGGAAGCCCCACCUCCUCCUGAGGAGAUGCAGAGCCUCAGGACUGAGCAGACACAGGGACUGCUGCCCCGGGACAGCCGGGCCUGGGAGAAGCCCUGUCACCCCACCUUCCCCAAGGACUGGGAGGCUGUGGAGGUCGGAGCCUCCAGCUGCGACAGCGAAGAGAAAGAUCUGUCUUCCCAAGAGACUGGGCUUUCUCAGGAAUGGAGCUCGGUAGAAGAAGAUGAUGACUCUGAUGACUCCCAGGGCUUUAUGGAGUGGUCCAAAGCUCCACAGCAGACAACCAUUGUGUUGGUAGUAUGUGUGCUGUUCUUGUUCUUGGUUUUAACCGGGAUGCCCAUGAUGCUCCACAUUUAAAUGCCAUGGUAGCCACUGUAUGGAAACGUAAGCCCUGUGUCACACUAAGGAACUGUCCUGGCUAGAAACCAGGCAUGGGUACUGAACAUUAUGAAAUGCCUUUCAAACAUCCAUUGAGAUGAGUUUAUUAUUUUUUAAUUUAUUUAUUUUAAAGAUUUAUUUUUUUAAUUAUGUGUCUCUUUGUCUAUGUGCUAUUGUGAGUGCAGUACCAGCAGAGGCCAGCAGAGGGAGUCUGAGCCCCUGCAGCUGGAGUUACAGGCAAUUGUGAACUGC